AUGUUCCUGCAGCGCUCUGCCGUGGCCGUCGCGCGCCGCGCCGCCGUGUCCGCCCCGGCCCUCCGUCGCAGCAUCGCCACCACCGCCGUACGCCGCAACGCCGUUCCCGACCAGCCCAAGAUCAAGACUCUCAGCGAGAUCAAGUCGGAUGAGGACCUUAUCGGCCCCGGCGCCCGCGUCGGCACCGUCCCCACCGACAUCGAGCAGGCCACCGGUCUCGAGCGUCUCGAAAUCCUCGGAAAGAUGGAGGGCGUCGACAUCUUCGACAUGCGCCCGCUGGACGCCUCGCGCCUCGGCACACUCCAGAACCCCGUCAUGGUCCGCUCCGCUGGCGAGGAGCAGUACGCCGGUUGCACCGGUGUCCCGGCCGACUCCCAUAACGUCAUCUGGCUGACGAUGACCCGCGAGCGCCCCGUCGAGCGGUGCCCCGAGUGCGGCAGCGUCUACAAGAUGGAGUACGUUGGCCCCGAGGACGAUCAUCACCACUACCACAACCCCUACGGCCUCGAGGAGCCCAAGACCUUCGCCAACUACGUCAAGCCCGAGUACUGGUAA